AGGCGUGUGAGAGCAGCCGGGCUAAGAAUAACCGUCCAGGCGGGUAACGUUACCUCGACGUGUUGUGUUCUGUGUUCGACCCUGUGUGUGCGUGUCUCCCACCUCACCGUGCAAAAAUCAACCGCCCCGCACCUCGUUCCUCUCGGUCAAUGCCUCCGCACUGGCAGCUCCACACUCAUCCGCAAACUGCACUUCUUGAUGCGUUUUAUAGAUUUUUUUGUUUUUGUUUUUAACUUCAAAGGAAGAAGUGGUCAGCCAUGGAAUAAUUGACUUAUCUGGACUUAUUUUGUGCCAAAAUCAAAAGGAUUAUUUUCUGAAAAAGGGGUCAAUAUGGCUGACGGGGCCAAAAGCGCCAGUGGGUCCCCAGCAGAAGCAGCAUGUGACUCAAUCAAGUCCAAAGCUGUGAUGGUGCUGAACAAGCUUCGAGUGUCUGUGGAGCUGCUCGUCGCUCUGGCCGCUCUCUUGUGCUGGCUGACGGUGGGCGUGGUCAUGUUUGACUUUGUGGAGUACAAGGCAGUCCCAGACAUCCAGCACAUCAUGUCCGACCCGGUCCAAGCCGCGUAUGAUGCUGCGGAGGAAGUGUCCAAUCUCGUAAACAAGUUCCAAGAAUGCGCACCUGACUUAAGCGACCCCAUGUCUGCAGCCACGUACGCGCUGGAUGAAAUAGCCCAUGCCAAAGACGGAUUUGUGCGUUAUUUCUCCGACGAGGAAGACGUCUUCUACCUGAGCUACGUGGAUCCGGUGGUGUUGGGCAGACAACUUUUCCAUUCCACCAGCGACUGUGUGUGCGGGGUGGCGGCGUCCCUCAGGGACACGCUUUGUGUUGCUGUGGACGCCGUGUUAUACUCGAUAGGUCAAAUCAGUCAAGGUGCAAUAGACCCGAGCUUCGCGGAUCCAGUUCCGUGGUGCAGAGGCCUGUUCUCCUGCACCAAUGACUUUGUGUGCGCCCUGCUGGGCUCCAUUCAGCAGCUCCUCUGUGGGGUCUUGGACUCUGCUCUGGAUCUAGUUAAAGGAAGUGUCAACAUCAAGUUUUUGGACCCCGUGACGUUCGGCAGGAACGUCGUCAGUGUUGGAAAUAAAAUAACGGAUGGCCUGCGGGAAGUGAUGGCUGUCACCACAGACGGCGUAGUUGAUAUAAUCAACGACAUACAGGAAGUGGUCUACUUCAGCCCCUCCGCCGCCCUGAACAGAACCGCCGAAAUCGUCGCGGAGCAGUACCAAAUGCUCGUCGGCGCCAUUUCUGGGUCCCUGCCUGACGUUGCCUUCGACCCCGCGAAAGCUGUGGAAGACGUCGUCCUGGGACUGACAGACAAGAGGGAUUUGUUUGUGGCCUACAUGUCCGCCAUGCUUGUGGGUGAUCAAGCUGAACCUGUCACUACGCCGCCUGAGGAUGUCAACCCCAGAAAAGAUGAAAGCGCAACACCUCACUUGGACAGACAUAUGGUGAGACGCAAAGGUGAAUUUCUGCCGCCGUAUGUAAAAGUUGUCAAAGAAGCAAUGAAAAGACAGCAGACACCUAGAGAAGUUAAAGUUGUACUUAAAGAAACAACAAAAGAAGAGAAAACAGACAUCAAACAUGAGGAAUCACUUGCAAACAAAAUCGGUGAGGAAAAACCAAUGGAGAAGCUCAAAGCCAUCGUUAAACUCCUUACAAAAAAGACAAAAAAAUUGAAAGAAGAACCCUUGAGGAAGAAACCAAUAAAGAAGCCAAAAGUUGAGGCAAAGGCCACCAACGAUAAAAUGGAUUUGAAGAAGCCAUCGGUGGUAAACGUUUCCAAAGUUAAAAUGGCUGAAAUGGCUAAGGAAGAUAAGAAAAAUGUGAGGAAACCUGCCAAAGAAGAGAAGGAUGGUCUUACUGAGAAGCUUACAAAGGAGUCGCCAAAAGAAGAAAUUAAAGAUGAGACAUUACACAAGAAGGCGAUCCCAAAAACUCUCAAUGAAGUCAAAGGACCUUUUAGAAAAGAGAAGGAAGUGAAGAAACCUCAGAAAGAAGAGAAAGAGGUCAAAGAACCUUCUAAGAAAGCAAAAAAGGAGAAGGAGGUCAAAGAAACUAUUAAGGUUGUCAAGAAACCUCAGAAAGAAGUGAAAGCACCUUAUAUGAAAGAGGAAGAAGUAAAACCUGAAAAAGCUGAGAAGGAGGUCAAGGAAACUUCUAAAGAAGACAAGAAACCUCAGAAAGAAGAGAAGGAGGUCAAAGAAACUAUGAAGGUCAUCAAGAAACCUCAGAAAGAAAAGAAAGAAGUCAAAGAACCUCCUAAGGAAGUCAAGAAACCUCCAAAAGAAGACGUGGAGGCCAAAACACAUUCUAGAAAAGAGAAGGAAGUUAAAAAAAAACAGAAAGAAAAGAAACAGGUAAAAGAAACUUUGAUGGAAGCCUAUAAACCACCAAAAGAAGUUAAAGAACCAGUCAGAAAAGAGAAGGCGGUCAAGAAACAUCUGAAAGGAGAGAAAGAGAUCAAAGAACCUUCUAGAAAAGAGAAGGAAGUCAUGAAACCUCAGAAAGAUGAUGUAGAGGUCAAAGAAACUUCAAAGGGAGUGAUGGAGCCUCAGAGAGAAGACAAGGAGGUCAAAGAACCUUCUAAGGAAGCCAAGAAACCCCUGGAAGAAGAGAAAAAAGUCAAAGAACUUUCUAUGAAAGAGAAGGCAGUCAAGAAACCUCAUAAAGAAAAAAAAGAGGUCAGAGAACCUUCUAGAAAAGUCAAGGAACAGAAAACAUAUAUAGAGGUCAAAGAAUUUUUAAAGGAAGUCAAGGAGCCUCAGAAAGAAGACAAAGAGGUCAAAAAACCUUCUAAGGAAGCCAAGAAACCUCUGGCAGAAGAGAAAGAAGCCAAACAACUUUCUAAGGAAGCCAAGAAACCUCCAAAAGAAUUUAAAGAACAUUCAAGAAAACAGACGGAAGUUGAGGAACCUCCAAAAGAAGUGAAAGAACCUCAGAAUGAAGCCAAGAAACUGCCCAAAGAAGAGAAAGAUAUCAAAGAACCUUCAAAGGAAGACAAGAAACCUCCAAAAGAACUGUCUAGUACAGAGAAGGAGGUCAGGAAACCUAAGAAAGAAGAGAAGGUCAAAGAUUCUACCAAGGAUGAGAUGGAAGAGAAGGGUGAGGUCAGCAAAACUCCCAAAGAUCAAAAGACUGUGGAACCACUCAAAGAAGAACCUGAACCACCACCCACAGAGAAACCGCACAGAAAACUAAGAACCAUCGGUGCAUUACUCAAAGAAGUACCAGAGAAACCACUGAGAGAAGGCAAAGAAGAGAAGCGGCGUCCUCUAGAAGAAGUUGACAAAGCUCACAAAGAGGAGAAAGCCAUAAAGGAACAUCCCAAAGAAUUUAAGAAACUUCCAAAGGAGGAGAAGGAAAUCAAGAAACCCAUCAAAGCAGAUAGACAAGCAAAUAUAUCUUCUGCAGACCUAAAAGAACCUGAGAAACCACAUGAAGACAAGUCAGAAGUUAAGAAAUCUCCCAGGGAUGUUGUAGAAGUCAGGAGACAUCUCAAAGACAAGAGAAAGCCUUCUAGAAGAUUUUUCGAAGUCCAGAAAGAAGAGAACGAAGCAAAGAAUGCUACCAAAGAUAAAAUAGAAGGAAAGAAACCUCAUGCAAAAGUGAUGAUUUUCAGGAGAACUUCCAAAGAGCAUGUGGAAGCUCUCAAGAAACCACACAAAGAACUUAUCAAUGAAACAGAAGACAUCAAGAAGCCUCCCAAAGAGGAAAGGGAACCCAGGAAACAUCUUACAGAAGAGCUAGAGAAACAAGAGGUUGGGGCUACCAAGGUUACCACACUGGAAAAAGAGGAGAAGAAGCCACAUGAAGAACAUGAAGUCAGGAAAAAGUAUAAGGACGUCAAGAGAUCUCUAAGAAAACAGACAAAGCUCCUGGAACCAACCAGAGUUGAGAAAGACCUCAAGAAACCAUCUCAAGGAGUCCACAAGGAGCGUAAACCCCUUGAGGGAAAGGAGAAGAAGACACCUCCGAAGGUAGAGGGGACGAUACCACAUGAAGAACAAAUCAGCAUAUCUUUGAGAGAGGAGCAAGACAUCACAAUAUUUCUCAGAAAAGAGAAAAAGCUCCUCAAACCAAGCGAAGAAGAAAAAGAUCUCCAGAAACCUUCUCAAAAAGUCCCAGAGGCGAAUAAACCCUCUGAUAUGAAAGAGGAGAAGAAACAUCCUAAAGAAGAGAACAAGAUACCAUAUAAAGAAGACACCAGGAGAUCUUUCAGAGAGGAGAUGGAAGUCAAAAGAUCUAUUAUAAGACAGACUAGGCUCCAGACACCGACCACAGAGGAGAAAGACCCCAAGAAAACACCCCAAGACGUCCCUGAGGAGAUUAAACCCUCUGAGGUGAAAGAGGAGAAGAUUCUGCCCAAAGACUCUCGUGACGAAGCAAUGAUACACCCUAAAGGAGCAGGUGAAGAGAAGAAACCUUCCAGGAACGAAAAACCAAUCAAGGUGGCGGAUGAAACAGAAGAAAGGAAAUCAUCGAAAGUGCGUCCUCUCUGUAUGAGGGGGAGAAAAAUGACGAAACCUCCCAAACAGGAGAAGGAAGAACCUGAAGACAAUGUUUCCAAAGAAGUCAAGAAGCCCUUAAAGCCAAUACCAAAGGAAUCCUCUAAAGAGCUUUCAAAACAAUCCAAAAAGAAACCACAGAAGUUGUCCAGGCUGCUCUCGAAAGAUGUCCAAGACACAACAAUGGCCAUUGAAGAUACAAGUGACGCUUCCAAAGUGGACAAACAAAUCAAGAAGACUUCCAAAGAACAACCUCCACAGAAGACAGCCCCAGAAGUUCCUACGGUGGCAGUUAAACCAGAACCUACAAAGAAAGCUGCUCCAAAGAAAAAAGCCAAAGCAGUCAUCGUGAAAAUAGAACAAGAAGGUCUUGCAAAAAACAUUUCUGUACUGAAGGAGAGAGUGAAAAUAGUCCCAAUGAAGAAAGUUAUCGCAAGGCCAGAAAAGAAAGUCCAGGGGUCACCUGCCAGGACACCAGCUGACGACGUCAAAUUCAAGUCAAAACCAAGAGCUAGAGCAAAAGCGAAAGUGGUGCCACUCAAGAAAGUGCCUCUCUCAGGCGACAAGAGGAAAAAGGCCCCCUCCCUCCUCAAGACAAAAAAGCACGAGACCUCCAAAGAAAACCAAAAGCCCACAGCAGUGACAAAAGACGACGGAGUUCUGACAGAGAUACAAGAAAAAAAUAAAUCCGCAAAGGAGGAGCGAUCAAAAGCGGACUCAGACGACUUAGUCCGGGAAGACGAGCUGCCAUAUUUCCAGUGUUUCUUUGUGGACGAGGACGAAGGCCAGUUUCCCUUCUACGCAUUCUCGCCGCUGCAGGUUUGAGGCGGACCAGCCGAUGACGGCCAUUUCAGAGCCCGACAACACGCACCACCUGCAGAGCAGAGCAGAUGUGGCAUCUGUAAAGCUGACAUUGACACAGGAAUUUUAAAGAGAAUUGCCACAACAUAGAUGAGAAGUGGCAUCUGUAAAGCUGUCGUUUAGGCUGGAGUUUAAUGAUGAAUUAAGCUUUAUCGAGAAGGUGUGGCAUCUGUAAAGCUGACCUUCAUGGUUGAGCAGGGGAUUGUGGGUAAUUCUUACUAAUUGGGCAGAUCCAUUUGAUUUCAGAUUUGGUUGAGCUCUCCUACCAAAUAUGUGCAGCCAAUGUCAUUCCUUUACAUUUUUGUAAUUUCUUUUUCAUUUUACUUUAUCUUAUUGUUUUACUUUUAAUUGUAGUUUAUUUUGGAUGGGUGGGGAAGUUAUUUGAUUAUUUUUUUGUUUUACUUAUUUUAUUUAUUACGGAGUUAUUUCAUUUUUAUGUUUGUAUUUCUAUUUUAUUAUUUUGCUGUUUUAUUUUUGUUUUUUAGUUUAUGUUUAUUUUUUUGCUAAUUUAUUUAGCUACCCAAUAUUUCAUACAAUUUCAUUUGUAGUUGCUUUGUUCUUAGUUCUUUUAUUAAUUAAAAUUUUUAGUUAUUGUAUGUAUUUGCAUUUCAUUCAUCUAUUAUGAAGUUAUUUCAGUUUUGUUUUUUGUUUUAGUUUUUUCAUUCUGUUAUUAGUUAUUUUAUUUUAAGUCGUUUUAUUAUGUUUUUAUUUUUUGUCAUCUUUGGGGUCUUUUUUAAAUUUAUGUAGGUGUUAAGUAGUCAUGUUUUUAUGGUUUAGUUAUUCGAUUUAAUUAUGAGUUACUUUUUAUUUGUAGUUAUUCUUUUCCGAGUUAUAUUUUCUCCAUUUUGUUUUUUGUUAAUUUAAAUGUAGUAAUUUAUUUUUUGUUUUGUUUUUGUUUAUUUUUUUAUUCAAAUCUUCAAAAAUAUCUUAAUUCUUGAAGUCUGUAAACAAGUUAUUAUUUUAGUUUGUUAUUUGAUUGUUUAUUUAAUUGUAAUUAUUUGUGUGUUUAUUUUUCAGCUGCUUUAUUUAUUAUUAUUUUUAGUUAUUUUAAUGCAAUGGAUUAUUUACAUUGACAUUGGAAUUUUAAAGAGAAAUGCCGCAAUAUAGAUCAGAAGUGGCAUCUGUAAAGCUGUCCUUUAGGCUGGAGUUUAAUGAUGACUUAAGCUUUACCGAGAAGGUGUGGCAUCUGUAAAGCUGACCUUCGUGGUGGAGUUUAAAAAAGACACACCGCUAUAUGGAGCAGGCAUGGCAUCUGUAAAGCUGACCUUUUCAAAUUCUUAUGUUUUUAAUCCAAAAAACAACAACAAUUUGUUGUUAUUUAAUUUUUUCAUGAAAAAAAAUACAUUGACGAAAGGUGGCGCGAUGCAUCCUUUUAGCUGGACAAUUGGAUAGAUGAUCAUAUACUCGUAUACGGUGGGGCCUUGACAUACGAGUUCAAUUCGCUGGGUAACCACCCUCAUAUCUCAAAACACUUGUAUCUCAACUCACCUUUCCCCAUUGAAAUGAAUGGAAAUGCAAUCAAUCGGUUCCAGCCUCCUCAAAACACACCCAAAAUUAUUUGUUUUUAACAUUUUUCCAAAAAAGAAAAACUGCCCUCCACAGUAUUGCACUGUAUAAAAUAUUUGUUUUGUACAUAACCUGCAAACAGAAAAAACUUGACUGUACGUCUAUGUAUUAUCCUUCUUCUGCUAUUGGCCGUUGGCAAAGCAAUUCAAUGGCACAUUACUCCCACCGACUGGGUUUGUCCUUCCACUGCACCGAAACCAAUGUGACUUGAAGGUGGUAUUGUGAAGUGCGUUGCCACCAUCAAGGGGCGAGGGUGUGAUGCUCAAAUUCUACUCGUAUCUCAAGACGGAAAAUAGGUCAGGCGAAGGCCUGCAUCUCAAAAAAGGCACUCCUUUUUUGGUGUGUGUAUUCUUUUUAUCGUGUAUUUUCAUUUUCAAUCGUCCGGAAUGAGCAUGCUGCUUAUAUAUGAGAGUAGGGCCCGACCGAUAGAGCUUUUUUUAGGCCGAUCCCGAUUUCAAAAUUUGGCAGAGCGAAAUUCCGAUAACCGAUUAAGUGGCCGAUUUAUUGAAAAAAAAUAUAUAAAGAAUUAAAUCACUUUUUUUUGGUCCCUUAACGCUUACAACAAUAAAGAUAUGAAUUAUAGGCAGAACGUUUGACUUUUUUUUACAGUACUUUGUCCUUUUGUAUUUGUCUAACUCGACAACAGGGACAAAAAUCGACUUGAUUUAUUUGCCAAUUUUUGAAACCUUUUUUUUUAAAAUGUUUCAAUGUCGUUAUCUUUGUCUCAUGUUGUAACGUGUUAAUGUUGGGAAAAAAAAAAAAAAAAACGGCCGAUGAAUUGGUCGAGCCCUAUAUGAGAGCUCCCAAAACAUUCGGAUGGGGGAAAAAAAAGCUACCUAAAAAGUCUUAUUAUUAAAUCAGCAGACAUGCGCCAAUGUUUACGUUGGCUCACAGUGAACCCAUUUGAGUUCAUUUGGACUGUUUUGACCACCGCAGGUUGUUUUCCGUCUUUCCCUAAACAGACCAAAAAUGCACUGUCGAUGACUACUGAUGUACAUUACAUUACUAUGACAUCCAAAUGGACAAAAAGCACAGAAUUGUUGCACGUCGGCAGACGGAAUGCAGAGAUGGCGAGAUUUCUUUCUGAAAGAAAUGAAUACGACUAAUAGUACGCGUCGUUUUGAUGAAGCGGCGCCUUGUUUAUCAGCAGCCAGAACGGCAUCAGCUGUUGUUUGACAAGCUUGAUGACAGUUAAUGUAGCGUGAGAUGAUAAUCCUACUGUAACUGUAAAUCUAUAUAUUUUUUAAUCGUAAUGGAAAUAAAAACAAGUAGGACACGUCUUGUGUCAGUGAAUGGUGCACGCAAGCAAAAUGAACGUUGCUGCCCAUGUUUUGCAAUAUUUCUACAGAGAUGACUAUAUUUCGAAUCUAUUUUAUGACGUAUUGUAUAUUUAUUUUUUAGGUUAAACUUGUGUAAUGUAUGAGGUCAAAGCUACCUGAAAUCUGCAUGUGUGUGUGUGUGUGUGUGUGUACAGUUGAUAUAAAAGGUUUACACACCCCUGUUCAAAUGCCAGGUUUUUGUGAUAUGAAAAAAUUAGACCAAGAUAAAUAAUUUGGAAACUUUUUCCACCAUUAUUCUACGACAUAGUUGAAAAUUUUAAUAUUUUUGACUAUCACCAUUUAAAGCGCUUCUGAGCAACGCCAACUCCAAAUAAAGUUCAGCUGCUCUAGUGAGCUUUAGUAACGUUAUCUCAGCUGUUACGUCUCCUCUCAAAAUUGUUUUUUUUUUUUUUUUUUUUUUUUUUAUCAUUUGCGUUGUGCAGGUUACAGGUCACAUUAAUGGUAGGGACAUUUUUUUUUAAAAAUGAUUUAUCCACCAAGAUUUCUUGUUUUUGUUGUUUUUUUCACGGAGACCUGGCAUUUGACCAGGGGUUUGUAGAUUUUUUGCAUCUCCUGUAAAUGUAAAUACAAGUUUGAUCCUCACUGAGAAUAAGAAUAGAACAACAGCACCAUUGUGUCCGCUCGUGCUGCUUGGAUUUGACAUUCAAUAAAAGAGUCACGCAAGUCUCUAUUCAUGUGGAAUGUCUUUAUUUAACACAAAAUCUA